AUGGGGGCCGGGACACGAUCCGGGCGGGGGCAGCUCUUCCUCCGCUCCCUCCUCUUCCUCCUGUUGGCCGGGUCCCCGGCGCGCCACCCGGUGCGGGGGCAGCUGCGCUACGCCGUGCCGGAGGAGCUGGAGCACGGAGCCUUCGUGGCCAACCUGGGUGAGGACCUGGGACUGGAUGUGUCCACCCUGUCGGCGCGGAGGUUCCGCAUCGUGUCACGGGCCGGGGCCAGGCAGCACCUGGAGGUGAACCUGGAGAACGGGAUCCUCUUUGUGAACGAGCGGAUUGACCGGGAGGAGGUGUGCGAGGCCGGGGGGACCUGCCUGCUUCACCUGCAGCUCCUCGUCGAGAGCCCACUGGAGCUCUACCGCGUUGAGGUGGAGGUGCUGGAUAUCAACGACCAUGCACCCACCUUCCCUUGGCAGGAAUAUGUGCUGGAAGUGGCCGAGUCUGCUGUGCUCGGUGCUCGCUUCCCACUGGAGAGCGCCCAGGAUCCUGACGUGGGCACCAACUCUGUGCACACCUACCGCCUCAGCCCCAAUGGCUUCUUUUCACUCGAGGUGCAGACACGCAGUGAUGCCAGCAAGUUUGCAGAGCUGGUGCUGGAGCGUGCCCUCGACCGUGAGCAGCAGCGUGUGCACCGGGUGCUGCUCACCGCUCUCGAUGGCGGCGUCCCCGAACGCUCAGGCACGGCGCACAUCCUCAUCACGGUGCUGGACGCCAACGACAACGUGCCUGCCUUUGACCAGCCCUCCUACGGUGUGAGCCUUCCUGAGGACGCUCCUGCUGGCACCCUGGUCAUCCAGCUCAAUGCCACUGACCUGGAUGAGGGCCCCAACGGGGAGAUUGAGUACUCCUUCAGUGGGCACGCACCGCCGCGCGUCCGGGAGCUCUUCCACGUGGAGCCCCGGAGCGGGCAGGUGCUGCUGAAGGGCCGCCUGGACUACGAGCGGGCCAGCCUCCACGAGCUCUAUGUGCAAGCCAAGGACCGCGGACCCUCGGCUGUGGCCGUGCACUGCAGGGUGCUUGUGCACCUCCUUGAUGUCAAUGACAAUGCGCCAGAGGUGACCCUCACCUCUGUGUCCACACCCGUGCUGGAGGAUGCCCCCCCAGGCACUGUGAUCGCUGUCAUCAGUGUUCUGGACCGGGACUCUGGGGACAACGGGCGUGUGAGCUGUGAGGUCGGCCCCAACGUGCCAUUCGAGCUCCGCUCCUCCUUCCGGAACUACUACACGCUGGUCACCACGCAAGCGCUGGACCGGGAGCUUGUGCCCGAGUACAACGUAAGCAUCACGGCUCGAGACAUGGGCUCGCCUGCCCUGCUGACCCGCAGCACCCUCACCAUCCCCGUGUCCGACGUGAACGACAACGCUCCGCGCUUCCUCCAGCCCUCCUACAGCGUCUAUGUGAUGGAGAACAACGCACCAGGUGCCUCCAUCUGCUCUGUCAGUGCAUUAGACCCCGACUGCCAACAAAAUGCCUACCUGUCCUACUCCAUUGCCGACGGGCACAUCCAUGGCAUGCCUGUGGGCACCUACGUGUCCAUCAACUCAGACAGCGGGCACAUGUACGCCCUGCGCUCCCUCGACUACGAGCAGAUCCGCAGCUUCCAGAUCCAGGUGCAAGCACAGGACGCGGGGUUUCCCCCACUCAGUGCCAACGUCACCGUCCACAUCUUUGUGCUGGACCAGAAUGACAAUGCUCCGGUCAUCGUUUCCCCCAUGCCGCGCAACGGCUCCGUCGCCACGGAGCUGGUGCCGCGAUCAGCCAGGCCUGGCUACCUCGUGGGCACGGUGUCGGCGGUGGAUGCGGAUGCGGGGCUGAACUCUCGCCUCUCCUACCAGCUCCUCCAGGCUACUGACUUCACCCUUUUCAGCGUGGCACCCGACACGGGUGAGCUGCGCACUCUCCGCUCCUUUCUGGAGCAGGAUGCGAGCCGGCAGCAGCUGGUGGUGCAGGUGCGGGACGGAGGGCAGCCAGCCCUCUCUGCCACCAUGUCCCUCCUGCUUUCGGUGGUGGAAACCAUGCCCCAGACUCUCUCUGACUUCAGCGAGUUCAGCCUCCCUCCAGAGGUCUCCUCAUCUUCCCCGCUCACCCUCUAUCUCCUUGUCUCCCUGGGCUCCAUCUCCUUCACCUUCCUUCUCGCCAUCCUCAUCCUCACAGCCAUUCGCUGCCGUGGAGAGCGGCGUUCCCGCCAAGGGGACAGCUGCCCGCCACCUCGCUGCCGCUGCUGUCCCGGCUCCAGACCCUCCUCUGAUGGCCUGAAGACUUCCAACCUGACGGCACAGCCCCCUGCAGGGACCACGGCUGCCACCUGCCUUGAUGUGCCUGCGGGCGGCCCCCCAGGCUACUGCUACAAGGUCUGCCUUGGUCCUGAGUCUGCUCAGAGCGACUUCAUGUUCCUCAAACCCUGCAGCCCCCCCCGGAACAACGAGAAGGAUCCCGGGAAGCGGUCCCGGCCAGACCAGCAUCUCCAGGUCUCCAAAGAGGCCAAGCAGCCCAACACAGACUGGCUGCCUCCAAACACACAGAGACCUGCCCUGAAAAGCUCCCAGAGCCUGGAAGAUGUGGGGGAAAUCCGUAGAGCCCUCCAGAAGGAGCACGAGAGGCUGUGCACACUGGUGACCCCUGUCUCUGAGUUUCAGAAGGCUUCAGCAGGACCCAACAGCAUCUGGACACCCCAGUACAGCCCCUUGUACCCAGCCCUGGAUUAUCAGCACAACGUUUACAUCCCUGGCACCCCCACUCUGCUUUCCAGCAAGGAUGGGCCCCUCUUCCCAGGCCGGGAGAACAAAAACAGCUUCUCCACCUUUGGCAAGAGGAAGAAGAUGACAACUUACUGUGACAUGCACGACAGUGUGGUUAUCAACAAUGACCUGAAAUAGCCCGGAUGGCUCUAUCCUUGGAAUCCUCUGCAUUAUUUCAGCUGCCAGUCCACCCACAGCACACGCCUCCAUGUAUGGACCACUCGAGACUUUAUGGAGCUGCUGGGAGAGUGGCUCAACAGAGCAUGUGGGAAGGAUUCAAGGAGCAACAGACUGAAAAUUACAGAGAUUGGGGGGUGGUGGCAAGGGAAAUUUUUCCCAUCUCAUCUUGCAGAGCUGUAUUGGCAGCAAGGUGCUGUUUGAGGUCCAUAUGACCAGAUUUAAGCAAAUCUGCCUUGAGUUUACCCAUUCCCAUGUCCCCUUAGGGACCAUUCAUCUCUAUAAACGUUGUCACUUCUUUGUCUUGUCUGGCUGUGUGAAUGUACUGAGCUGCAUGCCUGUAUC